AGAUACCAAUGUGCUUGCCUGCCUGGAUGGGAAGGAACAUUCUGUGAAUAUGAAUCAAAUGAAUGUAUUUCAGAGCCUUGUAAAAAUAAUGGCACCUGCACAGAUCUUUUCAACAGCUAUCGAUGCACAUGUACAGCAGGCUGGACAGGGCCAGACUGCAGUGAAGAUAUAAACGAAUGUGAUGCAGAACCGUGCCUGAAUGGAGCCACCUGUCACGAGUCUGUUACCCAGGGGCACUUUGUGUGCGUUUGUCCUCCAUUCUAUACUGGUGACUUUUGCCAUCAGCGCUUCAGUCCCUGCGACCUGCCUUACAAUCCAUGUGUAAACAAUGCAACCUGCCUGGCACAAGCUGAUGGAAAUCCACUGUGCAUUUGUAAAGCAGGAUUUGAAGGCACUAACUGUGAAGUUAACACGGAUGAGUGUGCCUCCCAUCCGUGCCAGCAUCAGGGGCUUUGUGUGGAUGGGGUUAACCACUACAGAUGCACCUGCCAGCAUGGCUUUACUGGAGCACUAUGUGAAGUGGAGAUAAAUGAAUGUUCAUCAAGACCAUGCAAAAAUAAUGGAACUUGCCUAGAUCUCAUAAACAGAUUCCUCUGCAAUUGUGCACAUGGAUACUAUGGGUCUCUCUGUGAAAUGGAUGUAAAUGAGUGUGAAACUUUGCCUUGCUUGCAUGGAGGAAGCUGCAUCAACAGAUUUGGAGGAUAUCAGUGUUCCUGCCCCCCUGGAUUCACAGGUGAUAGAUGUGAAGUAAAUAUAGAUGAAUGUUUGUCUGCUCCUUGCCUCAACAAUGGAAGUUGCAUCGAUGAUGUUGGUUCCUACAAGUGUCACUGUAAGAGAGGCUUUGUUGGAACAAAGUGCGAGAUAGAUGUUAAUGAAUGCUUGCCAGAUCCUUGUCUUCAUGGAAGAUGUAUAGAUCUUGUUGAUGGAUUUCAGUGCUCCUGUGAUUCAGGAUGGACCAGCUCAAGAUGUGAGAUAAAUAUUAAUGAAUGUGAGUCUGUUCCCUGCAUUAAUGGAGGUUCUUGUCAAGAUUUGGAUAACGCUUUUGUUUGUACUUGCCUCAGUGGAUACACUGGGGAAUUUUGUGAAGUUGAUAUUGAUGUUUGCAAUGAACCUGCACUGAACUCAGCUGUCUGCUACAAUGGAGGCGUGUGUGUGGAUGGACCUGGCAGAACCUUUCAUUGCAGGUGCCUUGACGGAUUUUCUGGACAGUUUUGUGAAAUAGAAGUUAAUGAGUGUAAUUCAUCACCUUGUCUGCAUGGUUCAACCUGUGAAGAUCAUAUCAAUGGAUACACUUGUAAAUGUCAGCAAGGAUGGGAAGGCCUCCACUGUGAGCUAGAUGUGGACGAGUGCAUAUCCAGUCCCUGCAUACAUGGCAUCUGUGUUCAGAGGGAACCCAGUUUUGGUUAUACUUGUUUUUGCAAGCCAGGAUUUGUGGGACAAAGCUGUGAGCUUAAUUACAAUGAUUGCCUUAUACAGUCCUGCUCCACUGGGUUCCUUUGCAUUGAUGGAAUAAACAAUAUCACCUGUUUACCUGCUAUCCCCCAAAGCAAGCAAACUGUCACUGAAAUGGCUGAAGUGCUUCCUACUGGGAUUUUAGAUGAUGGCCUUUCAUCAGCCCUAUCUGUGUCUGAGGAACUUUGGUCUGAACAGGCUACUUCUGAAUUUCAUACAGGACACGUGUCUCAAGAUCAAGUUCUGCGUAGCAAAUUCCGCAUUUACCGAGCCAUGUUGGAAGAACUCGGAGAUAUUAACCAGCUGGUAUAUACUAAUGGGAGCUACAGCUAUCACUUCUGGGUUAAACUGUGUGGAAAUAUGAAGGAACUUGGAGUGAAUGCCAUCAGUGGCAAACACUGA